CACGCUUACGCAACAUUGACGUAGCACGCACGGGCGCAUGGUCUGGUCUUCCGGUUGUUUACAAAUUCUUUUUAUAUCCCAAAUUGCUAAAUUAUGGCAAUGCAUGCGAAAGCUACCCCUCCGCAGAUUCCAGAUACACGCAAAGAACUGACAGAAUUGUUGAAGAGAAAACAGGAGCUUGCGGAAACAUUGGCAAACCUGGAGAGGCAGAUCUAUGCAUUUGAAGGGAGCUAUUUGGAAGAUACGCAGAUGUAUGGGAAUAUAAUCCGAGGAUGGGACCGCUAUCUCACCAACCAAAAAAACACAAACAGCAAAAAUGACAGACGGAACCGCAAAUUCAAAGAAGCAGAGCGCCUGUUUAGCAAAUCCUCAGUCACAUCUGUCGCUGCUGUCAGUGCAAUGGGGGGAGUUCAAGACCAGCUUGUAGAGAAACGAGAGCCAGGCAGUGGUUCAGAGAGUGACGGGUCUCCAGACUCCCAGAACCAGGAGAAUGAGCCCAGCCCAGAGGAGCCGGAGGAGUCCGAGGGAGCAGCCCACAGUGUGAAGCCGCAGAAGGCCCUCUCCUCGUCCGCUGGCGGCCACAAGAAGCGAAAAAACAAGAACCGCCAUAGUCCCAGUGGCAUGAAUGACUAUGACUUUGAGAUGGACAUGAAAAUCAACAAGAAACCUCGAGCUCAACCGGACUUCUAGACCACAGGAGAGAACACAGGUUUGCAUCUGGAAAGGAAAACGUAUACGUGAAGAUGACCUACCAGGCUGCAUGAAACUGAGCUGGAACUAGAGGUUGUACUGUUUUGACAAUAGACAAUAAAUAACCCUCUGUGAAGCAGGCUAGGUGGACAGAUUCAAGCCAUACACCAACUCUUACCCCUUAAAGGAUAUGUAGGUCAUGUUUGUGACAGUCACAUGGCAGAACUUUAUGUGAACUUCAUGUUCUGAAGGAAAGCCUUGAUUCCAUCGUAGCCAGCUGGUCUUCAUCUGCCUCUCUCUAAUAGACAGUUUUUGACUUUGAGUCUCAGUCAUGUGUACAGUUUUCACAUUAAGCUCCGGAAUUUCCGACUCCUGACCUUUUAGUAGUGUUCUGCCUCUAUGGCAUCUAUUUUGGUGUUUGUAGAAUCCUGGUCAAUGUAGGUGUGGAUUAGCUAUAGAACUGGAACAAGCUACAUACUGUAAAUUGUGUUUACAGGGUACUUGAACUGGCUUUAGUAUAUGGGGUUGCUAGAUACGUCCGCUGUUAUUUUCAGGCACUCCAGAGAAUUUCCCAGAACUCAGAGAAAUCAAUGAAAAGGCAAAAAUGUCACUGUCAAGUCAAUCAUGUCCAUUUAGUUUUGAACUCUUAAUUUCUUUUAUAUGUUUAUUGUUGAUAAAUGCCAUUUCAUCAUGAGCUAUUAUUUUUAUACCUUGUACUUUUGUGAAAUUUCUGUGAAAAGGGUUUACAAGUCAUGAAAAAUAAAGUUUUUUAUUCAUCUUUAUUGUU